UUUACAACUGGUGAAGAGCAUUUGGUGGAACCGCUGUUUGAGAAUCUGGUAACACUGGCUGUACGCAUUUUGUUUAUAAGAAUUUCUGCGUAGAACGAAAUGAUAGAUGCGCGUACGAUGGAGGACGAGUCUAAAUUCCAGGAGCCCAACCGAGAAAUCUCGAUGAAGGUGUUUAGCGGCGAGUACCGUCUGCUGAGGAGAAAACAGGGCAGCAGCGUGUGGAAGGUUUACCGAGAAAUAGUCCGCUCCGACGGUGCCAUUAUAAAUGGUCUCUACUUCUGCACCGGCUGCAAGCGCGUCAUGCGAUCCUUUAAUACAACGAAUCUACGCGCCCACAAAUGUCACGUGGAUUACCUGCGGAGUCAAGAUCCAUCAGAAGGGACAUACGUCGAUAUGGAGCCACAACCCAGGGAACAAGGAACGUAUACAUCGGAGCGGCGGCCGAAUUAUUAUCAGCCUCCGGAGUGGUCGUACCAAGCAACCGACAUGCUCCUUGAACUUUGGGCAGCCCACUGCCGUGAUCUGCGAGAUUCUCGCCGGCGUGUCAAAGUUAUCUGGAAAAUGACUGUCGAAAUGAAAACUUUGGGAUUUACUUUUACGGAAAUUAAAAACAAACUUGAAGAUAUGGCCCAGCAAUAUCGGCGAGAAGCUCACAUUGAGAAAACGACCGGGGAACAAUCUAAAUGGGAGUAUUUCGAGUCCAUGAAAACGAUUCUUACUUCUGAACAUAACCUAGUAGAAGAUAACGCUAGAAAUGGAUUAAGUAGGAACACUUCACUUGAUAACUCUCCAAAGAAAAAGUACAUAAAAACUGAGGAUGAUGACUACAGCGAAGAUCAGGAAGAAUCCCAGGAAGACGUAGAUGAACUUCGGGUUCUAAAAGACAAUAUCAUACGGGAAAUCGAAGAAUCCUCAACCGUACGUUCCCAAGAAAACUUUGAAGACGAGCUCGAUCAACAGACAUCCAAGAACAGCGAAAUAAAAAGAGCUAAACGCAAAAGAACGGCGAGAAUGAUGGAAAUAGAGGAGGAAAAGCUGGUCAUAGAGAAGAAAAAAUUUAAAUUGAUGAAUUAUUUUGUACGAGAGAUGUCGUCAUUUCAUAAAAGUUUGUUUGAUCUUCUUAGUAGUCCGAAGAAAGGCUCAAAAUCGUGAAAAAAUUACUUUAAUUAUAUACAAUGUUUCCUGUCAUUAAAUAUAUUGAAUAAGCAUAAUAAUUAAUCUAUUACAUUCAAAUUUAUUUCCUAAAAUUAUUUAUAAAAUGCCCAUCGAAACUAAAGAUUAUUACAUUUGACACAAAUUUUUGCAAAUUCAAAAAUGUUUAAUUUGGCAUUUGCCCAAGUUAAUAAUUUAAGAUCACGUGAUUUAUGCGAAUUAAAUACCUAAGAUUUUGUUUGAAAUAAAUGUGAAUAGGUUUUCUUCUAUCUAA